AUGGAAAACGAUCCGGGCUGUCCCGCCGCGCAUCUCUGUCAUCAUUUCAUUAAAGGCGAUAUCCGUAAUUUCGACGAUGUGUACCAAUUCGGAAAAGGCCUUGACUCCCUUACGAUCGAAAUUGAAAAUGUCAAUAUAGAAGCGCUGGAAAAACUGGAAUCAGAAUCGGUCAAGAUCUUUCCAAAACCAUCCGUGCUAAAGACGAUCAAGAAUAAGAUCAUUCAAAAGGAUUAUUAUAAAAAAUACGAUAUCCCCACGGCUGCCUGGCUGGUGACUAACAACCUCAAUGAGCUUAAGGAACAGGAAGAUUUCCUGCCGGCCGUACACAAACUGGCGGAAGGUGGUUAUGACGGAAGAGGUGUACAAUUAAUUCGCACGCGUGCUGAUAUCGAAAAAGGAUUUGACGCGCCCUCUGUACUGGAAAAGAUGAUACCGGUACAUAAGGAAAUCGCGCAGAUGGUUGCUAUCAAUGAAAAAGGUGAAACGGCUUUGUACCCGCCAGUUGAGAUGGUAUUUGACCCGCAUCUUAACCUUCUCGAUUUCCAGGUUUGCCCCGCUGAGAUUGAAACAAGAGUAUUGUGGAAAGUGGAAGCAAUCGCGCUUUCAGUAGUAAGAAACUUUGCAUCGCCAGGUCUUUUCGCUGUUGAAAUGCUCAUCGAUAAACAAGGUGACGUUUACGUUAAUGAAACCGCGCCACGUGUGCAUAAUAGCGGGCACCAUACAAUCGAGGCACAUUACUCUUCUCAAUUUGAUAUGUUAUGGCGCAUCAUUCUUGGUUACCCUUUAGGACAUACCGACCAG